AUGGCCUUAUUAAAUAGGCUACCUACUAGAGAUCGGUUUCAAAUCAUGGGAAUCACCACUAAUGGAACUUGCGUUAAUUGCAGGAAUAGCAACGAAACAAGGGAUCAUCUGUUUUCUCUUUGCCCCUUGGCAGUUGAUCUUUGGAGAGCUAUCCUUCAUUUGAACGGAAUGAACUUCACCGUUCUUCCUUGGGAUGAUAUGGUUUAUCGAGCUUGUUUAAAAUGGAAGGGGAAAUCUCUUAUUACCACUAUCUUGAAAAUUGCUUGGAAUGCUUAUGUUUACUCCUUGUGGCAAGAACGAAAUCGAAGGAUAUUUCAAGGCAGAUCCCGUUCCACUGAUAAUUUGCUCAAGGAAAUCAUUGAAGUUGUUAGCAUACGGCUUAGAGGGAAAUCUAUUAACAAAUUAGAUAGCACUAAUUUCUUUCUAUGUAAUGCUUGGGGCAUAAUUUAA